UGCACGGAUGGCGUCAAAUUCCGAAGCUAAUAUCCCGAAGACUGCCUAUCGAACCCGUUACGGAAGUUACGAGUAUACCGUGCUGCUGUUUGGUUUGACGAAUGCACCCUCAACUUUUCAACUGACCAUGAACGAAGUCUUUUGCUCGCUGCUGGAGAAGUGCAUCAUCGUCUACCUGAAUGACACCCUGGUGUUUAACACCUCUCGAGAACAACAUUUGAAGGACCUGGAAGCAGUUUUUACCCUCAGCGAUCAGCAUCGACUCAUCACCAAAGGCUCUAAGUGCGAGUUCUUAAAGGAGGAGCUCGAAUUUAUGGGCCACGUCAUCUCCAUCAAAGGCGUUAAAAUUGACCCGAAAAAAUCGACACUAUUCGCGACUGGAAGCCGCCUAACAAUGUCAAGAAGUUGCAGAGUUUUCUGGGAUUCGUCAACUACGUGCACCGCUUUAUCCCUAAAACGGCAGAUUUACAAGCCCCCUCUUUAGAGUCCCGCCCCACGGCCACA